AUGGCGGCUCAGGUGUGCGCGGUGCUGCUGCUGCUGCUGAGCGGGCCGGUGCUGCCCGGACUCCAACCCGGACCCGGACCCGGUCCGGACUCUGCGCGCGGCAGGGCGGAGCUGUGGCGCGUGCGCGGCCUCGCCGCUCAGUCCGGGUACGGAGGGUGUUGGGCGCGAGCCGUUGAGCACCUGGACACGCGCUGCAGAGACAUGACGUCAGAGAGCCAGAGCCGGAUGGCGCUCAGUUUCACCUUCUGUCACCUGAGCAGCUCAGGCAGGGAUUUCCCAUCAUGCCCCGAGGGGUCAGAGGUCAGCAGGUGUACAGCAGGUAUGGACGCUGUGGCCUUCAACACCUACACCGAGUUCUUCACCCACACGCACUCCAUCUGUCACUUCCUGCAGUCUGAAACCUGGCAGAGUCGAGCCCAGAAUACCAUGUACAGGUUGACGGAGAGUUCCGCAGGUGUAGCUGAGCAGCUUCAGUCCACCCGUCAGUUGGCUGAGGACCUGAUUGAGGCCCAGACUGCUGCCUUACAGGUGCAGCAGGAUAUCCUGAACAACGGAGAGGAGCUGAGAGUCACCCUGAGAGACUCCACCCAGGGCCUGCGGGCGGUGUUCUCGGAGCUCAGCAGUGUCUCCAGAGAGCAGCAGGUGGCGCUCUCUGAACUCUUCAACAGAGUUUCCUUCCUACAGAGUUUCCUGCUGAUGGAGGCUCACAGUCUGAGCUCCUCCUGCUACAACGCUGCUGCUCUCUGCACCUCCUUCCUCCUCACCUCCACCCAGCGCUCCUCUCGAGCCAGGUUGGUGUUAAUGAGCUUGGUGUGUGUGAACUUCUACCUGGAGAGGAGGAUCUACCAGCUGGUGCUGAGCUCUGAUCGUCCUGAACACACACACAUGGAGCUGGUAGGUGUGUAUGUGAGUGUGUUGCGGUGCGUCAUGGUGUGUGUAUGUGUGUGUGUGCUGCUGUACGUGUGUGUGGGGUACACGGACCCCCUGCAGCAGAGUCUGCAGCUGCUGCAGCAGCUCAGAGAGACGCAGAGCAGCCUGAAGGAGGCGCUGCAGCACGCAGAGUCUUUGGGGAAGCAACAACAUAAGAGGAGACCGGAGAGGAGAAGAAGAGCGGAGCUGAGAAGGGAGGAGGAGGAGGAGGAGGAGAUGUGUAGCAACUUGGUCCCAGACCCGUCUCACCUCUCACACGUGGGUUGGAGUACUGAGACUAUUCUCUGCAGUACAGCUGGUGACAUCACCUUGCAGCAAUACAAUACCCACAAUGCUUCACUGGAGCGCCCCUCCCCCGCCCCUUUGGUCUACAGCAUCCAGGUGGAGGACAGACAGCCUCGCUACAGCCUACGGAGCAGAAGAUCAGAGAUUCUCUGAAGGACGCUCUCUCUCUCUCCCUCUCUCUCUCUCUCUCUUUGUCUGUCUCUUUCUCUCUCCCCUUUGUCUGUCUGUCUGUCUGGCUGUCUGGUCACCUGUUUU